UUAAUCAAUGAUAUACUACCCGAUGAUUAUGAUCCAAAUGUAGCACCAUUAAUUGAUGGUUCAGUUACGAUAAAUGUAUCGAUGCGUGUUAAUCAAUUUGAUGCCGGUGAUAAUCAAUUGACAUUAGAAACCGAUCUAACAAUGUGUCUGAAAUGGUAUGAUCCAAGAAUUCUGGAUUUUAAUCUAACCAGUGUUUCGGAUAUGAUUCCCGAUAAAGAAUUAAAAAGUAAUAUCAUCGUUUUAACCGAUUAUAAUGGCCGUAUAUGGCUGCCACAAAUAUAUUUUCGUAAUGCAAUCACUACACAAAUUGUAAAUAGUUUUCAAAUUGUUGAAGUUUAUUCACAUGAUAAAAUAUUUAAUUGGUGUUCACGUAUCGAUAUAUCAUUUAUAUGUCGAUUUAUUCUAUCAAAUUUUCCAUUCGAUGAACAUUAUUGUUAUUUUAAAUUACAAACACUUGGAACAUCAAUACCAUAUGUACGAUUACAAUUAUUAAAACCAAUUGAAUCACCUGGUCAUAAUAAUCAAUUUGUUGUACGUGAAAGUUUACUGGGUGAAUGUAAUCCUGAAAAAGAAGCCUUAAAUCAUUUUGAUACAAUAUAUCAUAACCUAGUGAAUCGUUGGAAUGAUGAUAGCUGUAUUUAUGCUGGAUUACGUAUUGUUCGUCAUGUUAAUUAUUAUAUUAUCCGAUAUUAUUUGCUAAGUUUUUUAUUAGUUUGUAUUGGUUUUAUUGAAUUUUGGUACCCGGUUGCACCUUAUUCUGCUAAUGGCCGAAUGGUAUUGACUGUCAUCUGUUUGGUCAAUAUAAUUGGUCUUAGCCGAGAAUGUUAUAGUGAAGUACCUUGUAAAGAUGUUGCAUCAUUAUAUUGGUGGAUGUGGGGUUGUCAAUUUUUUGUCUAUAUGUGCCUGGUUGAAUUUGCUUUUGCCUAUUGUUGGUUUCAUUAUAUAGCUGAUAAAAAAAAUGCCCGUGCAAAAGGCAUUGAAAGUCCGGAUGGUUAUUAUUUUGGUAAAGGUGGCUUUUAUCGUCGUUGUGGUCAAGUAAUGACCAAUUUCCUGCGUAUGGUAUAUGGUAAUAUACCAUUUCAUGAAGAUGAAGUUAAUCGAAAUAAAGUUGAUUAUACAGCUCGGGUUGUUUUUCCAGCAACAUUGAUAUUUUUUACAUUAAUCUAUAUUGUUGCUACAAUUCCAGCAUGGGUGGCUAAAUAUUGAAAAACAAAACAAAA